AUGGCGGGUGAUCACGCGCUGCCAUUGGCGUCAUCAGCGCCGUCCUGGUCUGUCUCGACGCACCCCGCCGCCGCCGCCGCUGCCAUCUACUACCUCGGCCUUUCUUUCGCUCUGGCGCAGGGGAGAGCUGCCGGCGUGUUCGAUCUUGGUGGCGCGAGGCGGCUGGGGUGCCGGUGGUCGCGCGCCGUGGAGCUCGCGCUGCGGGAGAAGGUCGCCGCGCUGGAGCGCCAGAUCGAGGAGCUCCGUCACCGGCGGACCGAGGACGCCAGGGCCAACGAGAAGGUGGCGGGGAUCUUCGCGUCCCACGAGCAGCGGUGGUUCGCGGAGCGCAAGUCCCUGCGCCGGCAGGUGCACGCCGUCGUGGCCGCGGCGCGCGCGCGCGAGGCCAAGCGCGAGGAGGAGGUCGCGGAGCUCAGGCGCCAGCUGGAGGAGCAGCGGGACACGGUGGCGCUCAGGGACAGGGCCCUGGAGCAGGAGGUCCAUAGGCGGCAGGGCGCGGAGGAGCGGGUACGUGCCGCGGAGCGCGCGGCGGAGGAGCUGCGGGAGCGCGCCGGCAGGGAGGCGCUGGAGCACGCGGCCGAGGUGCGCAAGCACAAGGCGGCGUUCGUGGAGCUCGCGUCCGCGCAGCGGCAGCUGGAGGCGGACCUGGCCCGCGCCACGCGCCUCGCGGACACGGCCGAGGCCGAGCUCCGCGCCGCGCUGGAGCUCCGCGACGAGGCGGCCGCCACGGCCGCCGAACUCUCCGCCGAGGCCGCGCGCCUGCGCCGGGACGCGGACCACAAGGACAAGAUCCUCUCCGCGAUGCUGCGCAAGUCCAAGAUCGACAUGGAGGACAGGGAGAUGCUGGUAAGGGAGGUCAAGAUGUGCAAGGCCCGGCGGAAGCAGGCGGAGCUGGAGCCCGAGCGCUGGCGCAAGAUGUGGGAGUCCCGUGGCCACCGCCGGGGCUCUUCCAGGUCGUCGGCGCGGGGCGCGGCUGCCGACCUGCCGGCCGGGAGCUCCGACAAGCUGCUGGCCCACGACACCGUGGCGCGAGCCACCAAUGACACCACCAAGAUACUGUUCGUGGACCACGUCGAGGGCGACGGCAAGAAGGACCACCGGCAGGCGCCGGCGAAGGAGCUGACCACCAUUGAAUGUGUCGACCGCUAUGCCAGCCACGUCGACGACAAGCCCGCUGUGGAGGAAUACCAAGGCCUGCAGGAGUGGUUCCAGAUGGAGACGGAGAAGUACCGGCACACGGCGGAGAUCGAGGCGUUCACGGAGCAGCUCCGGCUCAAGGACGAGAAGCUGGAGGCGUUCCGGUGGCGGGCGGUGAGCAUGGACGUCGAGGCGACGCGUCUCCGGAGCCGGAUCCAGGAGCUGGAAGGGCGUCUCGCGCGGCACGAAAAGCACAGCGCCGGUCUGGAGGUCCUGCUCCUGGACAGGGCGAACGAGAACAGAGCACUCGAGGAGCAGCUAGAGACGCUCCAAGCGCAGGCGCCUGGUGUGGAGAUCUGCACGCCGGCCGGUGGCCAAGACGACGGCCCCGACGACCAGUGCAUCCCUUGUUCGCCCGUGAAGGUCGUCCAGAGAACAAUGUCAUCUGGAAGCUCGCGGCAUCAAGAGGGCACCGAGGUCAGCACAUAUCAUCGUGCAGAGGCGAAGCUGGACGAGCCAGUCUGUGUCUCCCCAGAAGAUCACAAGGAGGAUUGGAAGGAGCUGGAUGUGCAUGCGGCAGAGGCUCUUGUCGUCUCGGUCGGGGAUCUCGCGUGCGCCGCGGCGGUGGCAACGUCCAUGGAACACGAGCGACAUGAUAAUGCCCCGGCGACGGCGAGCCGGCGGUCUUUCAGGUCUGAGAUCGAGGAGGAGAAGGAGGUCUACACCGAUCCGGGGAAUGCGCAGACGACAGGUAGUAGCUCCCAAGAGCAAGAGGCGACGUCUGAGCUCGCGCUCGUUGUCUUGCCGCCUGGCCAGAAGAGCUCCGCUUGGAAGACAGACAUCCACGCUCUGGCGGUGUCGUACAAGAUCAAGAGGCUGAAGCAGCAGCUGCUGGUGCUGGAGAAGCUGGCCAACGAAUGCAAGGAAGAGGCCGCGGCGACGAAGCCGUCAGGGAGUGAAGCCAGUUGCAGCAGCAGCAGCAGGCAGCAGCCGAGGUCGAGGUACCACACGAUGAUGUCGUUCCUGAGCAAGCACGUCAAGCGGUACCAGUCCCUCGACGACAAGAUCGACGACCUCUGCGCAAGAAUGGAGGAGAGCAAGAGGAGCGCGGGGCGGGAACGGCACGGCGCGGGGGAGCAGAGCCAGAGCCAGAGCGCGGCGCUGGGGCAAUUCCUGGAGGAGACGUUCCAGCUGCAGCGGUUCAUGGUGGCCACGGGGCAGAAGCUGCUGGAGACGCAGUCCAGGAUCGCGCCGGGCCUCGCGCGCGACCGCUCCAUUGGCGGCAGCGGCGGCGAUGAAGACGGCGUGGACAUGAAGAGGCUGAUGGAGGUGGCCGGGGCGCUGCUGAGGGACGUGCAGCGAGGGCUGGAGGUGCGGAUCGCGCGGAUCAUCGGGGACCUCGAGGGCACGCUCACCUUCCACGGCAUCCUCCGCACCACGCGCUGA